GGACCAUGAUGCCUUGUAUUAGUGAACAAAACAAUACAACCCAUCACCUCGGUUGCACUUGCAAUCAACACCCUUUCUUCUCUUCACAAACAUACUCCCACACCUCACUGCAAAUUUUCAUGUUCUUUUCUGUUUACAUGAAGAAAGGAUUGAUGGCUCCAUCAGGAAAUGAGCUUAAUGGGCUAAGGAUUGCAGUCAUUGUGAUACUUUUCUUUUCUCUCACAUUCUUUCCUUCCAAAUCAGAUGGGUCAAUGUUACUAAGAGAUAGUGAUCAUGAGGGUGUGAAGCAAAUGAAAUUGGUGUUGGGUUCAAAACCUCCUCGGUGUGUUAACAAGUGCUUGAGUUGCAAGCCCUGCAGUGCUGCUUUAGUUACAUCUCCACACCAUAGAAAAGAAUUCCAAGCAUCAUUUCAGCGAGAUGAGAGUUAUUAUCUUCUCUCAUGGAAAUGCAAAUGUAAAGAUAAGUAUUUCCAACCUUGAAAGCUCUGGCCAAAAAACAAGAAGCCUAGAAAGUUUAUAGCCUAAUCUGAUGAGGACAUUGCCGUGUAUAUAGGAGCUAUAGUACUGCUAGAGUUACAGACCCCCGGUUGGUUUGUCACUAUUUAGACAAAAUAGUCCUCUCUCUUUCUCUCUCUCCCCAAAUGAUAUUACUCAGUACUUGAAUGAUUUAGUGCUAAUUUGUGUUGAGACUGUUUGUAGUAAUUAUUGGCAAUUAAGAGCUGCAAAUUUACUGUUUUUAGUA